UAUUCUGAUGAUGCUAACUUCUGCACAGCUGUGAUAGACAAAUAACUAUUUUACGACUUUCCUUUCUCAUUUGGGACAUUUUAGAUCAAACAAACCUUCUUUCCUCAACAAACUAAAUUGCUGGAAAAGCAAUCAAAUAACCGAGUGAAACGGAUCACUCGACUUCAGUCAGCUUCUAAGCGUCAAGUGUUAUCAAGAUGAACUGGAGCCUGUGCUUGCUUUGUGUCGCGGGGGGUUUGAGAGCAGCCCAUGCAGGUCCGCUUCCGAAGACCGGCAAGACACAGGACAAGGCUGCACCACAGGAAGAGGUCAACGUGCUGAUGUUCGGCGUUGUACAGUUCAGCGAAUCCCUCAAUUACGCUUAUGAAACGACUGCGGCAAAGAUGGCGAAAAUCAGCAAAAUGCUGAAGAGCCACGAGGGGACUCUGCAAACACUUGGGAAGCAGACUGAGCAGGCUGCCGAGGUGGAGAAACAGAUGAAAGACGUGAUACGGCUGCUUCAGGCCCAGAUGGCCAAGCAACAAGCUCAGACCAUGAUGACUAAGGACUGGCUGGCCAGCGUGGAGCAGGAAGAGGCGGAGCUCAAAACAAAAGUGAGGAGGUUGGAGAUGCAUCUCAACAACGCCGUACCCACCAGCAUCAAAGAGCUGCAGGAGCGAGCGGAGGAGCACUCCGACGUCUUGAAAGGUUUACACUAUUUGACCCAGUUCCACAAAGAGAAUAUUGAGACGCAGAAUGAGCAGCUCUCCAAACUGCAGAGCAUGAGUGAAGCUAUGACAUAGUUUUCUGAGAUUCACCACUGAGGUCUCCCACUCUAUGCAGCUCUGAAUGAGACAAGACCACAUGGAUCUCAACUCUGGAACUUCACUGCACUCCCUUCAACCCUGCUAUAUAUACUGUAUGACAAGAAAAUAUUGUUUUUUGCUAUGAUUAUGUCCUUGUUUUCAUUGCUGCCAUGUACACUCAGCAGGCAGUUGAUAAGGAUCAUAUCACUCUUCCAGUAUAAUACAGCAGUUCUUCCACAAAAGUUAAUAUAAAAUAUUUUAAUAUUCAGCUAGUGUUUGGGAGUCAACUUUUUGUAUUGCGUUAUAUUCACGGGUCUAUCUACAAUGAAAAAAAAAACUAAAUAACACCGCAUAUUACAUUCUCAAAAA